UUUUCGGGACAAAUAAUUUCGCAGCGUAAGCAACAAGUGGAGCGAGGGAGGCGAGUGAUUGUCUAUCAUUCCGGGUUGGCUUCCGGCCUGGAGAGGGAGGUGACUCUUGGCUGCUCACAGCGGCUACCGGCGAACUGUCUGCGCUGGCUGCCAUUCAUGAAAAGUACCGACAUCUUUUUUUCAAUGGAACUUUCUGAGCCUGCGCACUGUGUAGGAAAAGCCGCUUGCUCUCCUGGAAGAGUUGCGCGUGGGAAGUUGUUUCGAAUUUCAAGAGUUCCAGUCCUUCUUUGCCGCUGGCCAGAGUCGCUAUGCCACAAGGAGGAACAAAAUAUAUCUUAGGAACUGCAUUAGCAGCUGGAUCUUAUGCAGACUUAGCUACGUUGUGCGUUUUUACUAAAGCAGCGAACAAAGGAGGAAAAGCAACCCGCGAAAAGCAAAACAUCUAUUUUCCGAACGGUAGAGAAAAUAUGCAAGGCGCAUGCGCCGCAGCUCCUUGACUCCGGAAGCGUUCGAAUUCUGAGGGGAGAUGUUUCCGCCGAGGCAAAAUGGCGGCGGACACAACAACGGAACUUCUGUUUUUAGACACUUUCAAACAUCAGACCACGGAGCAAAGUACUAACGUAGACGUGGUUCGCUUUCCAUGUGUGGUUUACAUCAAUGAAGUGCGUGUCAUCCCUCCAGGAGUAAGAGCUCAUUCUAACUUACCGGAAAGCAGAGCUUAUGGUGAGACAUCUCCUCACACAUUUCAGUUAGACCUGUUUUUCAACAAUGUCAGCAAACCAAGUGCCCCUGUAUUUGACAGGCUGGGAAGCCUGGAGUACGAUGAAAACUCUUCAAUAAUUUUCAGGCCUAAUGCCAAGGUCAAUACUGAUGGAUUAGUUCUAAGAGGAUGGUACAACUGCUUGACGCUGGCAAUAUAUGGCUCUGUUGAUAGAGUAGUAAGCCAUGAUAGGGACUCUCCACCACCACCGCCCCCACCACCACCUCCUCCUCAGCAGCAAACAGCUUUGAAAAGAACUCCAAAACCUGUUGAUGGAGAGAAAGAGGAUCAGUUUAAUGGUAGUCCUCCACGACCACAGCCUAGAGGCCCAAGGACUCCACCAGGCCCCCCACCUCCUGAUGAUGAUGAAGAUGAACCAAUGCCUGUAUCAGGAGAAAGUUAUCUCCAACACACGUCAGGAAUUUCUUGGAGGAGCCGUGUUUGGCGGAAUUUGUUUCCCAGCAGAUAUCGAGUGGUUGGAGAAAAAGAUGAUGUUGAUCAUAGAGAGGAUUACUUUGAGCCCAUUUCUCCUGAUCGGGCAUCCAUUCAUCAAGAGGGUCCAUAUUCUGAUGAAGCAGAAGUGGAAGAAGACCAUCCAGAAGAAGUGGAUGAUGAUGAAGAGGGGGUGGAUGUUGAGGAGGAAGAGGAGGACGAUGAAGAUGACGAUGAUGGUCAAACAGUAGAGAGUAUUCCAGAAGAUGAAGAAGAGGAUGAAGAGGAGGAAGAUGAUGAUGAUGAUGAAGAGGAUGCAGAAGAAGAAGAGGAAGGUGAAGGGGAUGAUGGUUAUGAGCAGAUUUCAAGUGAUGAAGAUGGAAUUGCUGACUUGGAACGUGAGACUUUUAAGUAUCCAAGCUUUGACAUUGAGUAUACGGCUGAGGAUCUAGCUAGAGUGCCACCUGUGACCUAUGAUCCUUUCGAUAGGGAGCUUGGGCCUCUUCUGUACUUUGGCUGUCCCUACAAAACUACUUUUGAGACAGAAGUUGCUAAGAUGAGAGAUCAAGAUCCAGACAAAGACAAUUUGGGAGCAGCUGAGACGUCUGCUAAAUUGACUGAACUCCUAGAAUUAUAUCAGGAGGAGAGAGGUGCAAAGUGGGUCACUGCUUUGGAAGAAAUCCCAAGUUUAAUGGUCAAAGGGCUGAGCUACUUGCAGUCAAAUGAUGCAAAUCAGGACUAUAUCAGCCAGUUGGUUGACUGGACAAUGCAGGCUUUAAACCUACAGGUAGCCCUGAGACAGCCAAUUGCUUUAAAUGUCCGUCAGCUUAAAGCUGGGACAAAACUUGUCUCCUCACUGGCAGAAUGUGGACCUCGAGGGAUAACAGGACUCUUGCAAGCAGGAGUAGUUAAUUCUCUAUUUGAACUGCUCUUUGCAGAUCAUGUCUCUUCUUCCCUGAAACUCAAUGCUUUCAAAGCUUUAGAUAGUGUUGUUAGCAUGACUGAAGGGAUGGAGGUAUUUUUGAGGAGUGGCUUAGAGGUGCACCAAAAAAGUGGUUAUCAGAGACUACUGGAGCUCAUCGUGCUGGAUCAGACAGUAAGGGUAGUCACUGCAGGCUCUGCAAUUCUACAGAAAUGCCACUUCUAUGAGAUCUUGUCUGAGGUCAAAAAGUUUGCUGACCAGCUAGCGGAAAAUUCUCCGUCUCUUCCUAAUCAUGCUGAGCCUGAGCAGGAUGCUGACACCGGACUUGAGAGGGGCAGUCAGGAGUAUGAAAAUGAUGUGGAGGCGCCAAUGGAUAUGGACAACCUUUUGGAAUCUUCCAGUAUGAGUGAAGGAGAAGUGGAGAAACUCAUUAACCUUUUGGAUGAGAUUUUGCAUUUGAUGGAGACUGCCCCUCAUACUAUGAUCCAGCCACCUGUGAAAUCUUUCCCAACAACAGCACGUAUUACAGGGCCCCCAGAAAGGGACGACCCUUUCCCAGUCCUCUUCAGGUACCUUCAUAACCACCAUUUCUUGGAAUCAAUCACAUUGCUGUUGUCAAAUCCAAUAACAAAUGUGCACCCUGGGGUGCUUCAGUCCGCCAGGGAUAUACUGAGGUUCUUGGCACAGUCACAGAAAGGUCUUCUUUUUUUCCUCUCUGAAUAUGAAGCCACAAACCUGCUGGUUCGAGCCUUUUGCCAGUUCUCUGAUCCAGAUCAAGAAGAAGGUCUCCAGACAGAUGGUUCAAGUGACGAAGCAUUUCCUCUGUGGCUUCUUCACUCAACACAAAGUCUGCAGUGCAUUUCAGAACUAUUCUGCCACUUCCAGCGCUGCACGGCCACUGAUGAAACUGACCAUUCAGAUCUCCUGGGAACUCUUCAUAACCUUUACUUGAUCACUUUUAACCCUGUGGGAAGAGCUGCAGUUGCCCAUGUCUUCAGCCUUGAGAAGAAUCUCCAGAGUCUUAUUACUUUAAUGGAGUUCUAUUCCAAAGAGGCUUUAGGAAAAAUCUGUUUCAGCGAUUCCAAGUCAAAGAAGUCAGUUGCCUAUAAUUAUGCUUGCAUCCUCAUUCUGCUGGUGGUUCAGUCCUCCAGUGAUGUCCAAAUGCUUGAGCAGUACUCAGCACCCCUGUUGAAGCUUUGCAAAGCUGAUGAAAAUAACACCAAAUUACAAGAGCUUGGUAAAUGGCUGGAACCUUUGAAAACACUUCGGUUUGAAAUUAAUUGCAUCCCAAAUCUCAUUGAAUAUAUUAAACAGAAUAUUGAUAGCUUGAUGACCCAGGAAGGAGUUGGUCUUCCUACUGCACUUCGUGUCCUGUGCCAUAUUGCAUGUCCACCACCACCUGUUGAAGGUCAGCAGAAGGACCUGAAGUGGAACCUUGCAGUUAUUCAACUGUUCUCUUCUGAAGGAAUGGACACUUUUAUUCGAGUUCUGCAAAAGCUAAACAGCAUCCUUAUUCAGCCCUGGAGGCUUCACGUCAACAUGGGAACCACACUUCACAGAGUCACUACAAUCUCCAUGGCCCGGUGUACCCUCACUCUCUUGAAAACCAUGUUGAUUGAACUACUGCGAGGAGGAUCCUUUGAGUUCAAAGAUAUGCGUGUUCCUUCAGCACUUAUUUCUUUACACAUGCUCUUGUGUUCUAUUCCCCUCUCAGGACGUUUAGACAGUGAUGAACAAAAAAUCCAGAAUGAUAUUGUUGACAUUUUGUUGACUUUUACCCAGGGUGUUAAUGAAAAACUAACAAUCUCGGAAGAAACUCUGGCCAAUAAUACUUGGUCGCUCAUGCUAAAAGAGGUUCUCACAUCUGUUCUGAGAAUUCCUGAAGGAUUUUUCUCUGGUCUUAUUCUGCUUUCUGAAUUAUUGCCUCUUCCACUGCCCAUGCAAACUACUCAGGUUAUUGAACUGCAUGACAUAUCAGUGGCACUCAACACUAGAAAACUGUGGAGCAUGCAUCUUCAUGUUCAAGCUAAAUUGCUGCAAGAAAUAGUACGGUCCUUCUCUGGCUCCACUUGUCAGCCUAUUCAGCACAUGCUAAGGCGCAUUUGUGUUCAGUUAUGUGACUUGGCCUCACCAACUGCUCUCCUUAUUAUGAGGACUGUUUUGGAUCUGCUUGUAGAAGAUCUGCAAAGCAACCCGGAAGAUAAAGAGAAGCAGUACACUGGCCAGACUACCCGCUUGCUUGCAUUACUUGAUGCCCUGGCUUCACACAAAGCUUGUAAACUGGCUAUUUUGCAUCUCAUUAAUGGAACUGCUAAAGGGGAUGAAAAGUAUGCUGAAAUUUUCCCAGAGCUUUUGUCCUUAAUGCGAGCUGCAGGAGACAACAUUAUUCAUCAGCAGUGCACUGAAUACGUGGCUUCAAUUUUGCAGUCCCUCUGUGACCAGGACAUUGCACUGAUCUUGCCCAGUUCCACAGAGACCACUCUCUCUGAAUUGGAGCAGCUUUCUAAUUCAUUGCCAAGCAAGGAACUCAUGGCUUCCAUUUGUGACUGCCUGGUAGAAACAUUUUCUAAUGCUGAAAGCAGCUACAGCUGUUUGCUGACUUGUAUCCGGACAAUGAUGUUUCUUACAGAGCAUGAUUAUGGAUUCUAUCACCUGAAAAGCUCUCUAAGAAAACACUGUGGUGCUCUGCAGACAGUAUUGAAGCGAGUAGUAAGCAGCUUUAAUAAGGACCCUGGAGAAUUUGCAUCUUCUUUUCUGGAUUUCAUGAGACAGAUACUAAAUUCUGAUACACUGGGAUGUUGUGGGGAUGAUGGAAGCCUUGCAGAAGUGGAUGGAGCGCAUCCUGCUAGAACAUUGGGACUUACUACUGCAGAAUUAAAAUAUCAAUUACAGAACAAAGAAGAAAUGCCUGAAAACCUGCUCCUUGAACUGGAGAAGCUAGUUUUGGAGCGUUCAAAAGAAGAUGAAAGUCUGGAAUCUUUAUUGGACAAUGUUGUUGGACUUCGGCAGAUGCUGGAAUCUGCUGGUGAUCCUUGUCCUCUGAGCGACCAAGAUGUGGAGCCAAUCCUUCCUCUACCAGAAUCUCUCCAGCAUCUUUUUAAUAAUAGGACUGCAUAUGUCUUGGCAGAUGUCAUGGAUGACCAGCUGAAAUCUAUGUGGUUCUCACCAUUCCAGGCUGAAGAAAUUGACACUGACCUUGACAUGGUGAAGGUUGACUUAAUUGAACUGUCAGAAAAAGGAUGCAGUGACUUUGACUUGCAGGCAGAACUGGAGAGGUCAUUUUUGACAGAGCCUUCCUCUCCUGGUCGGACAAAAACCACAAAAGGUUUUAAACUUGGCAAACACAAGCAUGAGACAUUUAUAACUUCCAGUGGAAAGUCGGAAUACAUUGAACCAGCCAAGCGGGCCCACAUCGUGCCCCCUCCUAGAGGUAGAGGCAGGGGAGCAUUUGGCCAAGGCAUUCGGCCCCACGAUAUCUUUCGUCAGAGGAAGCAGAAUACAAGCAGGCCACCCUCUAUGCACGUUGACGACUUUGUGGCUGCAGAGAGCAAGGAAGUGGUUCCACCAGAUGGGAUACCGCCUCCCAAGAGACUGCCUAAAGUUUCACAGAAGAUCUCUUCACGUGGUGGGUUCUCAGGGAACCGAGGAGGGCGAGGAGCCUUUCACAGCCAGAAUAGAUUCUUCACACCACCAGCUUCGAAAGGAAAUUACAGUCGUCGUGAAGGAGCUAGAGGGUCAAGCUGGAGUGCACAAAGUUCUCCACGAGGCACCUACAAUGAAAGCAGAGGUGGCCAAAGCAAUUUUAACAGGGGGCCACUUCCACCUUUGAGGCCCUUAAGCUCUGCAGGCUACCGGCCAAGUCCUCGUGAUCGUGCUUCCAGAGGCCGUGGUGCAAUUGGGCCAUCUUGGGCAAGCGCAAAUAGUGGUGGUAGUAGUGGCUCAAGAGGAAAGUUUGUUGGUGGAGGCAGCGGAAGAGGGCGUCAUGUCCGCUCUUUUACUCGAUAAAAAGACCUUUGUGAAUGUCCUAACUUUGACUGUUUCAAGAUGGUGACAAAAUGCUUACAUGCUUGAGGACCAAUGCUGGACUUACUGGUAUCUGGGGGCAACAAGAGAUUUUUUUUUUUAAGAAUCCCAUUUUGUUUGAUACGAGAUCUGAGAUUUCAAUAAAUCUGGUGGUUUUUUUGGUGUUUGUGUGUAUGCACUUAUCUGUGCUUUAUGGCAGAACAUGGUACUAUGCCAGAAGCUGCUCACAUAUCACAGUAGAGCAAUGCCAACAGUAUGCUGCAUACAAUACCAGGCUGGUUGGGCUCAGCGCAUUAGAGAAAUAGUAGUCCUUUAGUGCUUGAUUGAGACAGCAGGAUUGUGAAGUCCUUAUUAAUUAAAUUUACAUUCUGCCCUUCCUCCCAGUAGGAGCCCAGGGCAGCAAACAAAACACUAAAAACACUUUAAAACAGCAUUUGUGUCAAAGCUCCAGCCCAUGUUGCAAAGUCAUUUCCAUUGGCAGGGAGCAGGAUCCCAUUAUCAAUAUUGAAGGAAUGUAGAAGUACAGGGGUGUUAGCUUAACCUUCAGUAAAAUAGAUGUGAUAUAUCAAAAUCCCUAUCCUUUAAAAUAAGAUUGGAGUCAGCAUAGCCCCAUCCACAUGAGCCUGGUUGACUAUGGUACUUAGACCAGAUAUUUUAUUAUUCAAUUUUUUUAACUCUUCCUAGCUUCUUUCUCCUAUUUGCUUUAGUUUCAUCAGAAAUUUUAUAGAUGAAGAUUUGUUGCACUAGAUGCAUACAAUUCUGAUCUCGCUCUACAGGGUGUGUGGGGGUUAGGGUAACAACAAAUCAUGUCUGGGUACCAAUGCAGGCUAAGACUUCUUGACUUCUAACCUUAUCUCCUUUGUUAUGGUGAUAAAAACUACAGAGGAGAAAGUGUCUACCCUGAAUCAAAAAUAUUAAGUAUCAGUAUUUAAAAAUAAGAUGUACAGAUGGAGACCUACAUAGGUUUGUGAAUGAAUUGUAUUUAACAAUACCUUUAUGUCCUUCCCCCUUCACACAUAGUACUCAUUUAAGAUUUGAUUAGCACUGUGAGAGUUCUGUUUGUUCUCUUCUCCAGUACUCUCCUUCCCACCUACCCCUUGGGCCUUUAUGGGCAGACUGCUUUUUAUUAAAACUGUGUAGUUGGAAUGUUGAUAAACGUAAAUAACAGCUGAGCCAGUAGCUAGGGAGGUAUGACUUAAUAGACUGAAGCCAGAGAUGUUACAGUCAUUAAAGAAUUUA